CCCACCGAGUGGCCAAUGAGAGCACGGCAUGCAAAUGAGCAGGUGCGGUGGCGGCCGGCCCGUUGCGGCGGCCCCGGCUCCCGAGAUGUUAGAGUCGCGCUGGGCGGCCGCGGAGCAGACUGCUGGGCUCCGAGAUCCGAGCUCCGCUCUCCCGCCAUGGCCCCCGCUCCGCCCCCCGCCGCCUCCUUCUCGCCCGCCGAGGUCCAGCGGCGCCUGGCGGCCGGCGCCUGCUGGGUCCGCCGCGGGGCCAGCCUCUACGACCUCACCGGCUUCGUGCGGCACCAUCCGGGGGGCGAGCAGCUGCUGCGGGCGCGGGCUGGCCAGGACAUCAGUGCCGACCUGGAUGGACCACCUCACAGACACUCGGACAACGCCCGCCGCUGGCUGGAGCAGUACUACGUGGGCGAACUGCGAGUGGACCCUCAGGACCCCACAGAGAAUGGUGCUGUAGCCUCUGCAGACACUCAGAAGACAGACCCUGCUAUGGAGCCACAAUUCAAAGUGGUGGACUGGGACAAGGACCUGGUGGACUGGCAAAAGCCUCUGCUGUGGCAGGUGGGCCACUUGGGAGAGAAAUACGAUGAGUGGGUUCACCAGCCAGUGGCCAGGCCCAUCCGCCUCUUCCACUCUGACCUCAUCGAGGCUUUCUCCAAGACUGUCUGGUAUAGUGUCCCCAUCAUCUGGGUGCCCCUGGUGCUGUACCUCAGCUGGUCCUACUACCGAACCCUCAGUCAGGACAACAUCCGGCUCUUCGCAUCAUUCACAACAGAUUAUUCAGUGGCGGUGCCCAAGUCCAUGUUUGCAGGCCUCUUUGUUUUAGGCAUGCUCUUCUGGACCCUUGUGGAGUACCUCAUCCACCGUUUUCUGUUCCAUAUGAAGCCCCCCAGCGACAGCCAUUACCUCAUUAUGCUGCACUUUGUCAUGCAUGGCCAACACCACAAGGCACCCUUUGAUGGCUCCCGCCUGGUCUUCCCCCCAGUGCCAGCCUCUUUGGUGAUUGCCUUCUUCUAUGUGUUCCUGCGGCUCAUCCUGCCUGAGGCCGUGGCAGGCAUCAUCUUUGCAGGGGGUCUCCUGGGCUAUGUCCUCUAUGACAUGACCCAUUACUACCUGCACUUUGGCUCACCGCACAAGGGCUCAUACCUGUACAACAUGAAGGCCCACCAUGUCAAGCAUCACUUCGAAUACCAGAAAUCAGGGUUUGGCAUCAGCACUAAAUUGUGGGAUUACUUUUUCCACACCCUCAUACCAGAGGAAUCCCACCCGAAGAUGCAGUGACAACCCCUAGACCCUCUCUUCUACCCUCAGUCUAGCUCUGGCCCCUGCACCCUGUCCUACCCCCGCCUCCAUCCAGACCCUGCUGAGAUCAGGUUUGCCAGGCAGGAUGGGCUCUGUCUAGCCCUGGGGCUUGGUGGAGAUCUUAAGGCAGGACUUCCCUUCUGGCUUACUGUGUGAGGACAGCAUCCUCUUGACAGCCAAGUGGCCCUUGGGGACUGGCUCAUUCUCAGAAAAUUAGACCUCCCCAUUGGCACUCCUGCCUAAGCUUCAGCCCUCAGUACUGAUUCAGGGUCCAGACAAUGGUCCCAAGGGGCAUGACGGAAACUGACCCCACCUGUGCCUUAGAAUCCUGGGUCCCUGGGAGCUCCCACAUGCAGUAAAGGGACCAGUGUCACAGCAGAAGCAUGGUGUGCAGGCCUGUGACCACAUCUUACUCUCCUGCCCUUUUUUGAAAGAGUUUGAUGGUUCAGAAGUGAAUGAAGGGCUAUCCCAAGAAGAGACAGCACGAUGCCUCUCACAGGCCACUCCAAGACCCCAGCUUAGCCACUCUGGACCCUGCCAACCACAGAUAGCAGCUGUGCUACCAGCUGCCUCCGUGGAAGUAAUCUGGCACUUGUCUACCUGGGUAGAAAGUCUGAGGCUGGCUGGCAUCCUUUGCAAUGCUGCCAAGAGCUCUGACCCUUGUCUUUGAGAAUUACCAGCUGCUUUCUCCAUCUCUCCUCUGCCCCCAAAACCACAAAACUGCCCCUCAAAGGGGGCUGAAGAGGUCUCUGCAUCGGUAAGAGUCCCACCCCAGCCUUAGCCAUUCUUGGCUCUCCACCUAUACAGGUGGAUGCCUGCCCCAACUCAGGACCCUCCCAGCAGUGCCUCCUGAAGCCAAGAAGGGGCUUUCAUGUGGUGCCUUAUCACUUUCCCCUCCCUGAGAUCGUUCUUCCUUGUAACCAGAGCCCUCACUGCUUCUGAAGUCUUAUUUAUAAAUUACAUAAAUAUUCUUAAUCUGACCCCAAAUGAAGUAGCUGGUCAGAUGGCCCUUUCUAAUCCUAUAUGUUGAGCUUAUGUAAGAAAAAAAAAUCAUCUUGCCUUCCUUUUUGUUCCUUUCUUACCCACAAGCCAUUACUACUUGAAACUAGUCAAAAGACUAAAGAGAAGCAGUGUGACUGGUCCUGUGAUUUGUACUGUUUACGGUGAAGCUAUCUAGAGAUUUUGAGAUAAAUAUACAAACUGUGGUUGUGAAAUAAAGAUGUAAAUAAAUUGUAUAUUUUGAAAAAUAAAACAUUGAGAAGAAACCAACAAA